AUAGGUCAUUUUGCUGCGCCGGGCCGCACUACGCGUCACUUUCCAACAACGUAUUCCCGUAUUCGGAUGCCUACCGCCUACCAUAGACGCCUAUCGUAAAUGUACCGUUAGCUGCCAAAUAUUCAGCGGAUCCAUCCACCGGAAGUCUAACCACCAUUUGUACAGAAGACCAGGCAAUAGUAAUGGGACACUAUGAAUGAACACACACAUCGAGUCGCUCAUUCUCGAGAACGCUGCAUAGUGUGCAGCAUCCACUACAUGAGCUGUUGAUGUUGCAAUGGUGCUGGACCUAGGUGAUAAUUGCAUGGAGCAGACAGAGGGCAUGGGUGCAGUCAGGAACAGCACCGAUGGGAUAGGUCCUGAGGCCCAGUCUGACAGAGCCAAACCCGUCAGGACCCGAGCUAGAACCAGCAGCAUCGGCCAGAGGGACCGUCUCUCCCACAAUGGGCUGCAGCCCAAGGCUUGCUCCGGUGCGGGCAUCUCCACAGACACAGACCACAAGGCCGUUGCCGGGGAAACUGUGGUUCGUCGGGGCACAGGGGAAGUCGCGCAGGCAACGGGUCGGAGAGCUAGUGGGCGGAGGCCCCUGAGUCUGGAAGUCACCCCACAACGGCUGAGGACCAGCCAGACCACUGAGAGGAAGAUCCUGCAGCCACCAUGGCGGAGUGGAGCCCCCUCUCCACCCAUGCGCAGCCUAACAAGCCCCAGCCUGGGGCCAGAGGGGGGCUGGAUGCGCCGCAGCGAAAGCACCUGCACCAUGAAUGCCAGCGUGACCCCGAGGCCCAGCAAGGGGCGCAUUCGCUCAGCCACCUCCCUGCCCCAUAUUGCCAAGCUAGGCAGCCUCAAACCAAUUCCCCCAGCCCCCUCACCCAGGGUGCCCUGUCUGCUGGUGGCCCUGCGGCCGAUCAAUCUGGAGCAGGAGCGCCAGACUUUUUUUGAGUCAGACUACCAGUACGAGCCUCAGUUUGAGUAUGUUUCACCAGAACCAGUGAGCGUCCUGGAAAAGUACAAGGAAGGUUCUGGUCUUUUCCUUUCCCAGGCUAUAGGCAUCAUGGAAUGUGUUCUGAGGAAGUUUGGCACAUAUGAGAACUUUGAAGAAAUCACAGGGGGAAGUGUGCUUCCUAAAAGCCGCGUGUGGGCAUCGGCACGCAAAUACUUGCAAAAGGAGGGCUGUGUGGGAGAGGUGGUGGUGUGCCUCUCUGAUGAGCUGCUGUCCCAAGCAGUGAUGAUGGUGGAGCGCUGUCGACCAACACUGACCAUCAACCUGCAGGGAGCUCGUCAGCAUUGGCUAGAGGGAAUGCUCAGGCAUGAGAUUGGCACUCACUACUUGCGAGGUGUGAACAACAAUCUCCAGCCUUGGAGUAGCGCCGCGGGCAGGAAGAAGUUUGGCCUGAAGCCUGCCAACCCCACCGAGGAGGGCCUUGCCAGUUUACACAGCGUGUUGCUAAGGAAACAGCCCUACCUGUGGCGUGCCGCUCUGCUUUACUACACGGUGCACCACGCUGCCAACAUGAGCUUCAGUCAGCUCUUCAGCCACAUAGCCCGCUUCGUCCAGAACCCCGCAGUGCGCUGGGAGUACUGCCUCCGUGCCAAGAGGGGACAAACUGAUACCUCCAAACCAGGCUGCUUCAGUAAGGAUCAGGUAUAUCUUGAUGGAAUCCUCAGGAUUUUGCGACACAGGAGAAACAUCGAUUUCAAGAUGUUGACCUCUCUUGGCAAGGUAUCUUAUGAGGACGUGGAGAGGCUCCGACAUAUGGCGGUCCUCCACAGGACCAGAAUUCCUCACUUUAUGCAGGAUGAGGUGCGGUACCUUCAACACCUCGACUACAUUGUUGAAGUCAACGAGCUGGAUGAUGCAGAGCUCCAAAAUCUCGUACCUUAGGUCUUUUUCCAAGGCCUCAGAACCAUGGACUGUUGGUGAUGACAGGGGCCAAGGUUUUUACAGAGGACCAGGAUGCCUGGAACGGGGCCAUUGACAAAUAUCUACAUCUUCACUAUACACAUACUAUGAUAUCAUAGAUGUCAUCAGAAGUAGCCUAUUGGUUUCUGACUUACAGAGACCUACAUGGCAUAAUCAUAUACCACUAUAUUAUCAUGUUUACCAACACUGUUGCAAGAAAAAGUUUCUAAAACCUUUACAAUUACCUAUCCUACUGUGUUCUUAAUCAGACUGUUUAUUACUGCAUUUUAAAUGAAAGAUAUAUCAUGGAUAAAAUCCUGGUGUGUCCAAAGGGUCCAGAAACUUUUUCUUACAAUGAUAAUCCUAAACUCUCUUUAGGGUCAUAUCAUUAUCAUAUUACAAAGAUAGUAUUCCAUAGCCAAUCCAUUUACUAUAAUUAUGAGGGAACUAUGAUUAGCCUUACUUACGAUAAAUGCACAACCUACUGGGCAAAGCCAUCAGCAGUUUUUAUAAUUGUCCAUUUCUUAGAUAUUCCAUAUAUCUAAAUGGCACAUAAUAACAAUGGAGUAAAUUUAAGAACAAGUGUAGAGAACACAAUGCAAGUUAUGUCCUCUAUGAAUUAUUCAAUUUGAUUUUAAAUGAGAAUUCUUGGGGCCCAUAACUCAAAAGGAGUUAGAAUCAUAUCACUACCGUUAAGUCACAUAUCAACUGGUGGCCUUGUAUUUGGGUCAGUAUACAUCUUGUGUUGUAUGAAAGCAUGCCAAUGUUGAACUAACAUUAGUAAUCAUUCAUCUGUCAGAUGGACCUUGUGCAUAUCUAAAGCAAGUUGGUAUAAAAAAAAAAAGUGACUGAGCACACCCUUCGCUCAACUCCUUUUCAUGUACUCUCAAAGGCACUGCAUUUAAUGUAUCUCCUAAAAUGCCUGCCACAAUAUUGCUACUGCUUUGUCAACAUUUCAAGAUCACUCAUGUUCUACAUAUUUAUGCAACUAUUUAUUUUAUAUUUAUUUUCCGUGUGUACUUUGAAAACGAAUGUUACUGGUAUUAGCUUUAUAUCUCCAUUUUGAAGGAGUACAUUGUUUCAAGCCUUAGUAUUGUGAACAGCAGUAAAGGGCACCAAGGAUGACUCAUGACUAAAAUUUAAAUUUAUUUUGCCACAUAUAAAAGACGUGGCAGAUGUUAUCAAGAUUGUCUCAAACACCAACAAGUGCCAUUGACUUGUGUCUCCUCGUGAUAUUUACAGUAUACUGUAGCAGCAGCUGUACAGGGCAGCCUUUUAUAUGUAUUGUACACUCAGUACAGUGUUCUGACCUCUUUCAAGGCAUUAGAUUUUACUUGAUUCUGACUGUGCCGUGCACACCUAUCUAGUAUGCUGAAAGAUAAUCGAGAAAAAAAAAAAAAACGGGACCGUUUACUUCUCAAGAGCAACCUUGGUGGACUUUAACAUUGGCAUAUACAUGUACGUAGGUUGACUGUGACUCAUCCAAGCAAGCCUGUUACUGCUGCAGCUAGGUGCAAAAACAGCUAAAAAAGCAAGUGCUUUCCAUAGCUCCCUCAUGGCUGUGAUUUUGUUUUAGCUUAUUUGUUUUUUGUAGUACCUGUUUGUAAAUUGAAGCGUACUGGGCUCAGGGGUAGAGAGCAAAAUAUCGUGUCGUGUGCCUUAGUAAGGCGCAGGGCUUAUUAUGUAGUGGCCACAUUUGUUUAAGUGCACAGACUUGUAAACACUUCUCUGUACCGUCAUGUUACACACUGCACGAAUAUUGCACAUUUUGUGUUUGAUGUGAUUAAACUGGAAAUUCCAGUGUAUUUAUUAAAAUACUACAACCAAUUUGUCA